AUAGAUAUUAUAGAAACUAUAAAAGACGGAGGCAAAGAUACAGAGGCUUCAAAAAUCUGUUAUACUUUUUGGGACAUACCGGCAGAAGUUAAAGCAAUGAAAGAAUUUGUAGGAACAAAGAAAGCCAUCUCCUUCAACAUAACUUUCUGGAACGAGAAAAGAAAAGCUAUAUUUACAAAUGCCUGGGCUGUGCACUUCAAAGAGGGCAAGAUGCUAAGAUUAUCAGAAGGA